AUGCACUUUUCGAAGAAAUAUACACAAAUUUUGAAGGACUUGCCACCGGAACUUCAAGAGAAUGCAAUUCAGUAUCGACAGCUUAAGAAGAUCAUCAACCAGAUUGUCUCGGAGCUCUCGUCGAUAGGGCUUAGCCCAUCCAUCCUCCAGGAACUCACAAUCGACAGCUCGCCGGACCCAAUCCCAUCUUCCUCGGCCUCCCUCCCCACCGAUCCAAGUAUCCCCGCCUCACCCUCUACAAUCGCCAGCAAUUCCACAGGCACCGACCUUGGGAGCGGCUCAAGUGUAUCUCAGGCGCAAGCGACCGACUCUGCGGACUCACAGUCCCCAACAACCCCGAACGACCCCGACACACCAAGUUCCCCUCAGCCGCCACUUCGCCUCGAAGACAUCCAAUCGCCUGUGAUAGUCAACCACGCACGAAUCAGAUAUGAGGUCAUCGAGCACUCCGAUCGUAUCGAGCCUCACCUGCGAUUGUGGGUCACUAUUCCCGACCUCCCACCGCACAACUCCACAGAGUGCGGUAAGAUCGAGGACGUGGAAGACGGUGAUGAAUCCCUGGCUGAAGUGGACUCUGAAGAAGAAGAGGGAGAGGCUGAGACCGAGGCUGAGGCUGAGAGCUCUCCUGAGCGAGAUGGAGGCCGGAUGAGCAGGAAGAAGAAUGUACUCUGGUCGCUCGACCAAAAGCUGCACCAGAAGCCGCGUCGACCAUCCCCGUCCCCAUCCCCAUCGCGAGACUCCCCGGCGACCCCGCCCCUCGUCGUCCCAGAUGAACUACCACCACACCCUCCCUCGGGCGGUCGAACCCACGAAGUCGUCAUCCCACUCGUAUCCGACACCAAGUUCUUCACCAACCUGUCCACCGCGAUCGACUCGAUGUCUGCCCACCUCUCCCAGGCGCAGGACGAGUUCAGGGAGUCGCUGCAUGAACUGUCAAAGACAAUUUCGCAGACGGCGCUACCUGCAUCCGCGUCCCGGUCGGUGCAGGUUACGUCUAGCCAGCCUUCCAAGAGCGACCUGUAUUCAUGGCGUGAAAUCUUCCAGCUCUACGUAGAAGCCGAAGUCUUCGAACACAUCGGAGAAGUCAAAGGCGGCGAACGGUCUUUGGAAGAAUGCGAGCGGCGUCUCCAGCUUUUCGUGGAUCAAGCAACACAGCGGGGCAUCGCGGAUCGGCGCAACUUCAAGAUGAGGAAGAGCAGAGAAGCCUUGGACCAGUUCAUCGAACUCAACCUAUUCAUUCUCAAUAUCAAGAAGUUCCAAGAAGCAAGCUCCGAAGCAACCCGCAAAAUCCUCAAAAAGCACACCAAGCGCACUGCCCUCCCCCUCCCCUCACCCUUUGCCCAAGCCCGCGCCGCAGCCGCCGCCCAACAACUCUCCCUCACGCCCUUCCUCUUCGGGCGCCUGGGCACCACCUCCCUCCCGCGCACCCUCGUCCAAGCCAUCGGCGAAACCCUCCUACCUAUCAUACCCCACGUUGACGACUACGCGUGUCUGAUUUGCACGGCUAUUGCGUUUAAACCGAUUAGGUUGAGUUGUGGGCAUUUGUUUUGUGUGAGGUGUUUGGUGAAGAUGCAGAAGAGGAAUAAGGGGGAUUGUCCGAUGUGUAGGGCGCCGGUUGUGCUUAGUGCGAAUGGAUCCAAUGUGGACUGGGCCCUCCUCAACUUUAUGCAAGACUGGUUCCCUAUCGAAGCGCGAGAAAAGCUCAAGGCGAACGAGAAGGAAGCAGCUGAAGAGGAGCUUAUCGAAUUGGGCAUUGACCCUAACAAGUCGUGCAUUAUCAUGUAG